AUGCCCAUCGAAGACUUUAUCACUUCUUUCCCUGCUCCCCUUGAGUUGGGCAAUUCCAUUGACCACUGGAAGUACGAGGACCUCACUCGAACUCUCGGUCGAGUGUAUAAUGGCAUUGAUCUGGCUGAGGUCCUUAACGCUCCCAACGCGGACGAGCUCCUUCGUGAUCUAGCUAUUACCAUCUCCCACCGUGGAGUCGUCGUCUUCCGUGACCAGAAGAACCUCACUGCAGACCAGCAAAAGUUCUUCACCCAUCGUCUUGGACAAUUGACUGGCAAGCCUGAAGAGUCUGGUAUUCAUAUCCACCCCAUCAAUCACACCGUCCACAAAGAGGGCGAGAAGCCUGAUCUGGAAAUGUCUACAAUUGCCCGCAACCCAGAAAACAUGCUUUCCAAGCAGAGCGGCGUGGUGACUGGCAAGAAGACGUUGAAGAAACAAAGUGUUGCCGAUGGCUGGCACUCGGAUAUCGCCUUUGAGCGCAUCACAUCCGACUACACCACUCUAAUCAACAAAGUUCGCCCUUCAACCGGUGGUGAUACUGUUUUCGCCAGCGCCCACGAGGUCUACGACCGUAUCAGUCCCCCCUGGAGAGCUUUCCUGGAAACUCUUACCGGCACUUUCUCCCCAGGCCAUCCCCAGAAUGUUGACCAGUCGCUGACCGCUGAGCAUCCCAUUGUCAGAACGAACCCGGUUACCGGAUGGAAAUCCAUCUUUGGUGUUGGUCAUCAUCUGCAAACUGUGAAUGGACUGGCUCCAGAUGAAAGCGAGCAUAUCAAGAGUUACCUAAUGAAAUUGAUUACCGACAAUCAUGAUCUUCAGGCCCGUGUCAAGUGGGAGGUCAAUGAUCUGGCCGUGUUCGAUAACCGUGCUGUCUAUCAUACUGCUACUUACGAUUACGAUGAGCCCCGGGUUUGCCUUCGUGUUGUUGCUGUCGGUGAGGCACCUGCACUAGACCCUAAGGGUGUGUCUCGCAGUGAUGCUCUUGAUUUGUAG